AUGAAAAAGGUGUGUCACGGCUCAAAAAGGUUGGGGAACACUGUGUUAAUCGACGAGACGAAUGACGGUCCUCACUUUGUCGGUCAUCAUUCUGACGGUCCUCACUCUGAUGGUCCUCACUCUGACGGUCUCCGUCUGUCCUCACUCCAUCUGUCCUCACUCCGUCUGUCCUCACUUCGUCUGUCCUCACUUCGUCUGUCCUCACUUCGUCUGUCCUCACUCCGUCUGUCCUCACUCCGUCUGUCCUCACUUCGUCUGUCCUCACUUUGUCUGUCCUCACUCCGUCUGUCCUCACUCCGUCUGUCCUCACUCCGUACUCCAUCUGUCCUCACUCCGUCUGUCCUCACUGCGUCUGUCCUUACUCCGUCUGUCCUCACUGCGUCUGUCCUCACUGCGUCUGUCCUCACUCCGUCUGUCCUCACUCCGUCUGUCCUCACUCCGUCUGUCCUCACUCCGUCUGUCCUCCCUCCGUCUGUCCUCACUGCGUCUGUCCUCACUCCGUCUGUCCUCACUGCGUCUGUCCUCACUCCGUCUGUCCUCACUGCGUCUGUCCUCACUCCGUCUGUCCUCACUCCGUCUGUCCUCCCUCCGCCUGUCCUCCCUCCGUCUGUCCUCACUGCGUCUGUCCUCACUGCGUCUGUCCUCACUCCGUCUGUCCUCACUCCGUCUGUCCUCACUCCGUCUGUCCUCACUCCGUCUGUCCUCACUCCGUCUGUCCUCACUCCGUCUGUCCUCACUGCGUCUGUCCUCACUCCGUCUGUCCUCACUCCGUCUGUCCUCACUCCGUCUGUCCUCACUCCGUCUGUCCUCACUGCGUCUGUCCUCACUCCGUCUGUCUUCACUGCGUCUGUCCUCACUGCGUCUGUCCUCACUGCGUCUGUCCUCACUCCGUCUGUCCUCACUCCGUCUGUCCUCACUUCGUCUGUCCUCACUGCGUCUGUCCUCACUCCGUCUGUCCUCACUCCGUCUGUCCUCCCUCCGUCUCUCCUCCCUCCGUCUGUCCUCACUCCGUCUGUCCUCACUCCGUCUGUCCUCACUCCGUCUGUCCUCCCUCCAUCUGUCCUCACUCCGUCUGUCCUCCCUCCGUCUGUCCUCACUCCGUCUGUCCUCCCUCCGUCUGUCCUCCCUCCGUCUGUCCUCACUCCGUCUGUCCUCACUGCGUCUGUCCUCACUCCGUCUGUCCUCCCUCCGUCUGUCCUCACUGCGUCUGUCCUCACUCCGUCUGUCCUCACUCCGUCUGUCCUCACUGCGUCUGUCCUCACUCCGUCUGUCCUCACUGCGUCUGUCCUCACUGCGUCUGUCCUCACUCCGUCUGUCCUCCAUCUGUCCUCACUCCGUCUGUCCUCACUCCGUCGUCUGUCCUCACUCCGUCUGUCCUCACUCCAUCUGUCCUCACUCCGUCUGUCCUCACUCCGUCUGUCCUCACUCCGUCUGUCCUCACUCCGUCUGUCCUCACUCCGUCUGUCCUCACUCCGUCUGUCCUCACUCCGUCUGUUCUCACUCCAGGCCCCUGACGUCUGCUCUCGGCUCCCUCAGGGGCCUCACAGACUGGGCCCUCACAGACUGGGGCCUCACAGACUGAGGUCAGGGGCCUCAGAGACAGAGGUCAAGGGCCUCAGAGACCGAGGUCAAGGGCCUCACAGAGACAGAGGACAGGGGCCUCAGAGACAGAGGACAAAGGCCUCACAGACAGAGGACAGAGGCCUCACAGACAGAGGACAGAGGCCUCACAGACAGAGGACAGGGGCCUCAGAGACAGAGGACAGGGGCCUCACAGACAGGGGUCUCACAGACAGGGGCCUCACAGACAGGGGCCUCACAGACAGGGGUCUCACAGACAGGGGCCUCACAGACAGGGGUCUCACAGACAGGGGUCUCACAGACAGGGGUCUCACAGACAGGGGUCUCACAGACAGGGGCCUCACAGACAGGGGUCUCACAGACAGGGGCCUCACAGACAGGGGUCUCACAGACAGGGGCCUCACAGACAGGGGUCAGCUCCCACAGGACUCAGGCUGA